GGCUGGAUGAGUUGAGGUCACUUCAAUCACUCGACACCAACAAAGAACAGAUAAAUAUGGCAGCUCCAGCAUCUGCCUACAAGGACAGGCAGUUCCUUGCUGUGAUUGGAGACGAGGACUCUGUUACUGGACUGCUACUUGCAGGUGUUGGUCACGUUACAGAGCCACCGGAUUCGCAGAAGAACUUCCUAGUUGUCGACAGCAAGACGGACAAUGCGACUAUUGAGGAGGCAUUCGAGAGAUUCACAACUGAGAGGAAGGAUAUUGGAAUUCUGUUAAUCAACCAACAUAUCGCUGAGCGGAUUCGUCACCGAGUCGAUCAAUAUACAGCCGCCUUCCCAGCUCUCCUCGAGAUUCCCAGCAAGGACCACCCAUAUGAUCCCGAGAAGGAUAGUGUUCUUAGACGUGUGCGAAGACUCUUUGGAGAAUAGAAGAAUAUAUGACCUUAUGAUAUCUGUAUUGCUACCUGGUUUGGCAUUGGGCCAUAUGUCAGAGAAGAGACAGGCGUUUACUGAGCCAAUACACCAUUGACAUCUUACAAGCCCACUUCGUCCUGUUCAGAUGUUCCGUUUAAUGGGCCUGUAAAUUGCAUUGUUAGGAGUCCGAAUAGGACGAUUUCCAUGAUCAAGAAUGAUCGCAAAGAAUAGAGCUGUAUAACAACAUGGCUUAUGUUACGUCUUGAGUCUAUUAUGGAAAUGCUGAAGUCAUCAA